AUGGAGGCUUGUAAGACCUACACUCCAGUGGACCCCAAGGCUCCCAAAAAUUGCAGGGUAGUAAAUAUAGCUUUUGUGGCCCAGUCAGCCCCAGAUAUACGCAGAAAGUUACAGAAACUGGAGGGAUUUGAGGGAAAACUGUUAUCUGAGCUCAUGGAAGUAGCUCAAAAAGUAUUCAAUACCAGGGAUGGGACUGGUAACCGAAAUACUAAGAAGGCAGCUAGGGCAGUUUUAGUGGCAUUAGCAGAUGAAAGAACCCACCAGCCUAAUAAGGGCCAAGGCUCAGCCAGCCCCCGAAAGCCCAUGGUGAAGUUAAAGGUGGGGGGAAAGAUGGUGGACUUCCUGGUCGACACAGGGGCCACCUAUUCUGCUUUGCGCACUGAUCCCGGUCCAUAUUCCUCCCGGAAUACCUUCAUUCAAGGUGCUAAUGGCCACAUUGAAUCCUACCCCUGGACUACGUCACACACAGUCAAUCUUGGAGCAGGGACAGUGAUGCACUCCUUGGUCAUGCCCGAUUUCCCCUACCCCCUUCUUGGUAGGGACUUACUGCACAAACUGAAAGCCACCAUCUCCUUCCAGGGAGGGGGGACUAAACUCUACUUUGCAGACACACCUCAGACCCUCCUCCUGUCAUGCCCACUCUCAGAGGAAUAUCUAUUGACAGCACAGGACAGUGGACCAGAACUAUCCUCAUUACUGCAGGAGUUUCAGGCCAGAGUUCCUGGGGUUUGGGCAGAAUCUAAUCCCCCUGGCCUGGCCACCCACCAGCCAUCAGUGGUGGUGAAGCUUCUCAGCUCUGCCAAGCCUGUCCCGGUAAGGCAGUACAGCAUUAGCAAGCAGGCCAGAGAAGGAAUUAGCAUUCAUAUACAGAGACUUUUGGGGGCUGGAAUCCUGGUUCCUUGCCAGUCCCCUUGGAAUAUCCCUCUGUUACCUGUGCAAAAACCUGGCACCCUGGACUAUUACCCUGUUCAAGAUCUCAGGGAGGUGAAUAAGAGGAUUAAAAUUAUCCAUCCUACAGUACCAAACCCUUAUACCCUGUUAAGCCAGCUUCCACCAGAGCAUACAGUUUAUACUGUCUUGGAUCUCAAUGAUGCAUUCUUCUCCAUCCCCCUGACCCCCAUUAGUCAGUCAAUCUUUGCUUUUGGACCCCAGGGAGGGAAAGGGGGUCAGUUAACCUGGUCUUGAUUUCCACAAGGGUUCAAAAAUUCCCCAAGCCUCUUUGGGGAGGCCCUGGGGAGAUUCAAAGAAAGCCAUUCUGAUGUCACCUUGCUCCAGUAUGUGGAUGAUUUGCUUUUGGUCACCCCAAGUGCUGAGACUUGUAAGACGGCUCCUCUCCACUUGUUGGAGUUGCUGGGCACCCUGUGUUAUCGGGUCUCGGCCAAGAAAGCACAGCUCUGCACCACCUCCGUCACUUAUCUGGGCUACGAGCUGGAAGGGGGUGUGAGGAAACUCUCCUGUGCACAGAUCCAGACGAUCCUCAAUAUCCCUGUGCCCAGAACCAAGAAGCAGGUGCAGGAAUUUCUGGGGACAGUGGGGUACUGCAGGCUGUGGAUUCCAGGAUUUGCUGAGAUUGCUAAACCACUGUAUGCAGCUAUGGCUGGCAAGCUGGAAAACCUGGACUGGACAGAGGACUGUCAGUGGGCCUUCAAUCAACUGAAAGCAGCCUUGGUGAGUGCCCUGGCCCUCGGGCUCCCAAACCUGUCUAAACCUUUUCACCUCUUCGUAGAUGAAUGAAGGGAGGCAGCAGUGGGGGUCCUCACCCAGUCCAUUGGACCAUGGUGGAGGCCCGUGGCCUAUCUGUCUAAGAAAGUGGACCCCGUGGCAGCAGGAUGGCCUAACUGUCUCCAGGCUGUAGCUGCCACUGCACUCUUGGUCAGGGAGGCUUCCAAACUCACCUUUGGCCAAGAUGUGGUAGUGACAGCACCGACUCUGCACUCCAUGGAGUCCCUGCUUAGAAGUCUUCCAGAGAGAUGGCUUUCUAAUGCCCACAUUACUCAGUAUCAGGCUCUCCUGCUCAACCCCUCCCCCCCCACAGUGACUUUUUCUAAGACUGAAACUCUGAAUCCAGCCACCCUCCUCCCAGAAAUGGGAAAGGAGGCAGUAGUGACACAUGACCACUUGCAGAUCUUGGAUUCCCUGACCAGUCUGCGCCCCGAUUUGAUGGAUGUCCCCCUGCCUAUGGCUGCCCAAAUCCUCUUUGUGGAUGGUAGCAGCUUCGUACAGGAUGGGAUACACUACGCUGGAGCCGCAGUGGUGGAGCUCCCAAGGGUGAUCUGGGCACAGUCCCUGGGACAUGGGACCUCAGCCCAACGAGCGGAACUGAUCUCAUUAGCACAGGCUUUGAGAUAGGGAGCAGGGAAGUCUGUUAACAUUAAUACCGACAGCCGAUAUGCAUUUGCCACCGCCCAUGUCCAUGGAGCACUGUACCAGGAACGGGGAUUCCUCACUGCUGGUGGAAAAGAUAUCAAGAAUGGCCCUGAGAUUCUGGCCCUUCUGGAGGCUGUGUGGCUCCCCUCUCACCUUGCCAUCAUCCAUUGCAAGGGACACCAGAAGGGCGAUUCCCCUGAAGCUGUAGAUAAUCGCCUGGCUUACAAAACAGCGAAGGCUGUGGCCUUGCAUCCUAGGCUGGAUGCCACCUCGAAUUCAGAUGGAUGGCUGAUCCUGCCAGAUGGCAAGACUCUCUUGCCAGAAGCAGAAGGGAGACAGCUAGCAAGAAGAAUACAUGAUACCACACAUAUGGGAGGCACAAAACUGAGUGAUAUGCUGGACAGAGACUUUUUCUUUCACAAUAUGCACCGAAUCUGCAAAGACAUCACUUCAAGAUGUGAAAUAUGUGCUCGAGUUAAUCAAAAGGGGGGACUGAAGGAACCAGGGGGUACCAGGUUAAGAGGGCUGGAGCCAGGAGAACAGUGGGAAAUAGAUUUUACAGACAUUAAGCCAAGGAAAUAUUGGUACAGGUAUCUUUUAGUCCUGGUAGACACUUUUUCAGGAUGGGUAGAAGCAUAUCCAACAAAACAUGAAACUGCUUCAGUGGUAGUUAAGAAAUUAAUAUCAGAGAUCAUUCCUAGGUUUGGACUCCCACUGGGAAUAGGGUCAGAUAAUGGGCCUGAUUUUGUAGCUAGGGUGACUCAACAAUUGUCUAAGACCCUGGGCAUAAAUUGGAAAUUACACUGUGCAUUUCGGCCUCAGAGUUCAGGACAGGUCGAGCGCAUGAAUAGAACAUUGAAGGAGACCCUGACAAAAUUGGUUCUAGAGUCUUGUGAGAACUGGGUAAGCCUCCUUCCCUUUGCCCUCCUGAGGGCCCGAUGUACCCCAUAUGUACAAGGUAUUACCCCAUUUGAAAUUUUAUUCGGUAGACCACCUCCCCUCCUUCCUAAAUUGGGACUAGAAAAUUUGACUGAAUGUGAUAACCAAUAUCUGUUCUCUUCCCUGAAGGCUUUGGAUAAGCUCAGGAAAACUAUCACUCAAACUGUCUGGGCUGCCCAUCCCUUAACCCCUGAAUGUGACCUGCCCCCUUUUACAGGUGAACCAGGAGAUCUCGUGUGGGUUCCAAAGAUUCCUGCAGGGGCUCUCGAGCCACAGUGGACUGGACCUUACGUGAUAAUUUUGACCACCCCCAGAGCAGGAAAGAAACGCUGGAUCCACGUGUCUCAACUGAAGCCUGUCAAACCAAGAGCAGCAACGCAAGGAGCAGAACAGUAG